GGGGAAUCUUGCGCUACCAAUACACGGAAUAAAGAAAUCCUUCUUCCCCCUCCGCGCCGCACGUCGUUCCCACUUCCUCGCCUUCCCUUCCCAUUGUGCUCGUGACUCUUUCAAGCUGUCCUGUUCCUGUCCUGUACCCUGCCUUUCCUUAAUUACUAAGUUGGUUGAUUCCGAUCGGCCCCUUCUCUGACCAGUAUAAUAUAGGGAGACUUUGACAUCCAGCCAGCGGUACUCCCUCAAUUUAUAUCAUCUCAUCAUCAAUUCCCUCACCUGCCUUAUCAUCAUCAUUACCUGGAAAUCGCAAGCUCUCCCGGAUUCUGGCCUGCUCUGCUCUGCUUUGCUCUUUGGCUCCUCGGCGAGCUGCGAUAAUCGUGGAAAGAGCUUAGAGUUUAUAAUUGAAAUGGCCAAGGAAGCCUCUGCCACUAUGACGCUCGAGACAGUGAGAGACUCCUUGAGCGCACAGGAAGACACGAUCAUAUACAGUCUCAUAGACAGAGUUAAUUAUCCUCUGAACUCCAAGACGUACGAUCAGUCAGCCUCCCUAAUUCCAGGAUUUGCCGGCUCCUUGGUCGAAUAUGUCGUUAAGGAAACAGAAGCAGUUCAUGCUAAGUGCGGAAGAUAUGAAAGCCCCACAGAGCAUCCUUUCUUCCCAGAGAAUAUACCGGCAUCAGUGGUCCCAGUUCACGAGUAUCCAAAGAUUUUGCAUCCUGUUGCUUCUUCUAUUAAUAUAAACAAGAGAAUAUGGGAUAUCUACUUCAACAAGCUGCUUCCAUUGAUCGCUGCCCCAGGAGAUGACGGAAACUACGCAUCCACUGCUGCUAGCGACCUCAAGUGUUUACAGGCUCUGUCCAGAAGAAUUCACUACGGGAAAUUCGUGGCAGAGAUUAAGUUUACAGAUAGCCCGCAGGAUUACGAGCCUUUGGUUCGUGUGCAGUUUCAGGAUUCGGAUGCCCUGAUGAAUCUCUUGACAUUCAAAAAAGUCGAGGAGAUGGUCAAGAGGAGGGUGGAGAAGAAGGCGGCUGUGUUCGGGCAACGAGUUGGACUCGACGACUCCAAGCCCGACCAGAAGCCCAAGAUCGACCCGGCCAUCGUCUCGCGUCUCUAUGACGAAUGGGUCAUGCCCCUAACCAAGCUUGUGGAGGUCGAGUACCUCCUUCGACGCCUAGAUUGAGAUGAACCUCCAGCCCAGAGAGCAUAUGGUUUCCCAUGGCCCAGAGAACCCAUCCAUUUGCUAGUGGGCCGGGCAAAGAAGAUGAAAUCGUGUUGGCCUUUGCGUGUAAUGUGUUAUUUGUUCUUCUUCAUUGUUCUCAAUGGUCACAACAUGCGUUUGAGUCUCAAAUUCA